AUGAGGGCGACGGGGCCGCGGGUGGCGGCGGGGCCGCAGGUGGCGGCGGGGCCGCAGGUGGCGACGGGGCCGCAGGUGGUGGCGGAGCCGCAGGUGGCGGCGGGGCCGCAGGUGGCGGCGGGGCCGCAGGUGGCGGCGGGGCCGCAGGUGGAGGUGGCGACGGGGCCGCAGGUGGCGAGGGGGCCGCAGGUGGCGACGAUGCUGCAGGUGGCGACGGGGCCGCAGGUGGCGACGGGGCCGCAGGUGGCGACGGGGCCGCAGAGGGGCCUGACGGGGCCGUAG